AAAUUCAAAAAUUAGCAGAAUUUAAUUAAAUCCGAAAAUGCAAUAAAAUAAAACAAAAAUUAUUACGCAAAAUUACAAAAAUCCGUCUUUGAAACCUACAAAACCACAACUACUCCUGCACGUUUCUUCCUUUUCCAUCUGCCUAUCUAACCUUUCUUUUUCACAAUUUUAUUCUUUCGAAUUUAUAAUUUAUUUCAUACUCUCUGAAAUCCUAAUCUUCUGCUCAGUGUAAAGAACAACCAUGUCGAGUAUGGAGGAGCCACUUGGGUUUGACAAGUUGCCAAGUAUGAGAACUAUUGAUAGGAUUCAGAGGUUUUCGGGUAGUGCUUGCCGGCCUAGUGGGGAUGAUAUGGGAAUGGGAAACUGCUGGAUUGAAGGAAUGAGUUGCAGCACCUCCAACAGUUGCGAUGAAGAUCGUGAUGAAUAUACACGGGAAGCAUUCCCAUGGAAAAGGCAUACAAGAGACAUGUCCCAAGGGGAGACCUUCGGUCGAAGGACAAAAAGCUUGGGAAGAAAUCAUAUGAUAUUUGGAAAUACUCUUGACAAAUACAAUUCCAAGUGUAAUGAUAACGACAUACGAGAUAUAACAAAUAAGUUUUUGAAAGGCAUACCAUGGUUUGUGAAGAUAGUAGAAGUUGGUGCUAGGGAUGGAUUGCAAAAUGAGAAGAAUACUGUACCUACCUCUGUAAAGGUGGAACUGAUUCAUAGACUUGUGUCCUGUGGGUUGUCUGUUGUUGAGGCUACAAGUUUUGUAUCUCCGAAAUGGGUUCCUCAGUUAGCAGAUGCAAAGGAUGUAAUGGAGGGAGUUCGCAAUUUGGAGGGAGCUAGAUUGCCUGUUCUCACCCCUAAUAUGAAAGGCUUUCAAGCUGCUGUUGCAGCUGGUGCUAAGGAAAUUGCAGUCUUUGCAUCAGCUUCUGAGGCAUUUUCGAAGUCAAACAUCAAUUGCAGCAUUGAGGAAAGUCUUGCUCGUUAUCGUGCAGUUACUCUAGCGGCUAAAGAACUCUCAAUACCUGUUCGUGGGUAUGUAUCGUGUGUUGUCGGAUGUCCAGUGGAAGGAGAGAUUCAUCCAUCCAAAGUGGCAUAUGUGGCAAAAGAACUUCAUGAUAUGGGUUGCUUUGAGAUUUCCCUCGGUGAUACAAUUGGAGUUGGUACACCAGGUACUGUUGUUCCAAUGCUUGAAGCUGUUAUGGCCGUUGUUCCUGUUGAGAAGCUUGCUGUUCACUUCCACGAUACUUAUGGACAAUCUCUUUCCAAUAUUUUAGUAUCCCUUCAAAUGGGGAUUAGCGCAGUGGAUUCCUCUGUUGCGGGUUUAGGUGGGUGUCCAUAUGCUAAGGGUGCUUCUGGUAAUGUGGCUACCGAAGAUGUGGUAUAUAUGCUUCACGGGCUUGGUGUACAAACCAAUGUGGAUCUGACGAAGCUCCUGUCUGUUGGCGAGUUCAUCAGCAAACAGUUGGGUCGUCCAUCUGGUUCCAAGACAGCCAUUGCAUUGAACCGGGUAACAGCGGAUACCUCCAAAAUAUAAUAUGGUAUUAGA